AUGGGAAAGGAACUGAUGAACAGUAGCAACUUCUGCCAACAGCUCGGCGCAACGUUGGUACGCAAUUUCAAGCUAAAGAUCCGAGACUCACGCAAAACGAUAGCGGAAGUGUUUCUGCCGCUUUACACGCUCGGCACGCUGAUAGUGUUAAAAAUUCUCAUACCGAAUCCCAACUUUCCCGCCAUCACGGAGCCACGAGGUGCAGCGACACUGUUCGAACAUUUCCAGCAUCAUAAAGCCCACACGAUUGCCGUGCUGCCGCAGCCAAACUCCUCCACAACGGUUCCGUUUCUGAGCGAGGUCAACGAAUUAUGGAUGUCGAAUCGACGCCACCAGCCAGGAAUACAUCCCAUCAAGUGGAUGGUGUACGAAACGCCGGAAGAAUUGCUAGCUGCUUACUGGCGAGAUCCUAGCAAGAUGCCCCUGGCACUGAUAUUCCACUCGGACGACCCACUGUUCGGUCCGCUCCGGUACGAAAUACGCACCAAUCCUUCAUUCUUCGUGACACCAUCGACGACAGAGCUGUAUUCGUCGCUGGUCACGUGCAGGCAAUCGGAUAGCUACUGGUCGGCGGUGAUCCCGAUCGAAACGGGCGAUUCGUGUCCGGUGAAUCAGUACUACUAUUCGGGGUUUAUUGCACUCCAGACCCUGCUCGACUACACCAAGAUCCGGAUCGUGACGCAGAACGAAGAGCUGCAGAUACCUCAUAUUACACUAGAGAUGUUUCCCAAGGAGGCCUACACUGGCAACUGGAUGGUCGCGUUUAGGCUGGUCAUUCCGAUCUACAUGGUGAUGGCUCUAUCGCAAUUCAUUACAUAUCUGCUAAUACUGAUCGUCGGGGAAAAAGAGAACCACAUCAAGGAAGGAUUAAAGAUAAUGGGAUUAAGAGACUCCGUUUUCUGGUGCGGUUGGUUCGUCAUUUACGCCGUGUUUGUAACAUUUCUUAGCUUUGUGUCGGUGAUUCUCGUGUUUUCGCUCGGAGUCUUUCAACAUACCAACUACCUGCCAGUAUUCAUACUGAUUCUGCUGUACAGCUUUUCGGUUAUUUUGAUUGGCUUCAUGAUUACACCGUUCUUCGACAACUCGCGGACUGCUGGCAUACUGGGGAACUUUGCGGUUAACAUUAUGUCACUCUUAUACUUCUUGCAAGUGUUCAUCGACGAUACACACACGUCGGCAGCGUUGUGGACUGUGUCACUCAUUUCCCCUACAGGGUUUGCGUUGGCAAUGGAUAAAAUCCUUGUGUUGGACAUAUCCGGCCAAGGUGUCACGCUAAACAACCUCUGGACCGGGCCAGGCAUUCCGAUCGGAGGAUCCAUCCUUAUGCUCGUCGUGGACAUUGUGCUUUACGCGGCUCUGGCAUUCUAUUUUGAUUGUGUGAUUCCAUCGGACCAUGGUACGAAACAGAAACCUUGCUUCUGUCUGAACCGAAACUACUGGUGUAAGAAAAAAGUGCCAAAAGUACCACUGCUGAACGGCGAAUCGGCCAACUCGUUCAACAAUGCGCUCGAGGAUCAGGCACGCGAUGUGGAACCAGUGUCGCGCGAGAUGCGCGGUAAAGAAGCGAUCCGUAUAGUGGAUCUGUACAAGACUUUCCACUCGUGUCGCAAACCAGCAGUGAACGCGGUCAAUGGAAUCAAUCUGACCAUCUACGAAGGACAGAUAACGGCGAUUCUCGGCCACAACGGAGCGGGAAAGAGCACACUGUUCAACAUUCUCACCGGACUGACGUCGCCUACAUCGGGCACAAUUUACAUCUUCGGGUACGAUGUACGUGAUCCGAACGAUAUGACCAUGAUCCGACGAAUGACCGGAGUGUGUCCACAGCAUGAUAUACUAUUUGAAACGCUUACACCCAAGGAACAUCUUUACUUCUUCGCCGCCGUCCGUGGCAUUCCACCGGCAUUGGUCGACAGCGAGGUGAAGAAAACGUUGCGCGAUAUUGACCUGUUCGAUACGGCGGAGACGCGAGUGAAGCAUCUGAGCGGUGGUCAGAAGCGGAAGCUCUCCGUCGGUAUUGCUAUCAUUGGUGAUCCGAAGAUUAUCAUCCUGGACGAGCCAACGGCCGGUGUGGAUCCGUACUCGCGGCGACACAUGUGGUCCAUUCUGCAAAACCGCAAGCACGGCAAGGUUAUCCUGUUGACAACACACUUCAUGGACGAAGCAGACAUUCUAGCGGAGCGAAAGGCCGUUGUGUCUCGGGGAAGAUUAAGGUGUUGUGGAUCAUCGCUGUUCUUGAAGAACAAGUUCGGCAUUGGCUAUCAUCUAACGCUGGUGUUGGAUACUAAUGCGUGCGAAACGUCCAUCACGAAGCUGGUUAACGAACAUGUGCCGCAGGCCGAGAAAGCCCGUCGACACGGGCGAGAGCUGAGCUACAUCCUGCCUCACGAUGCGGUGAACUCGUUCGUGUCUCUGUUUGACGAUAUCGAAAAAGAGAUCAAAACCAAACGGAUGAGGCUAGGUAUCUGCUCGUACGGUGUUUCCAUGACUACGUUGGAAGAGGUGUUUCUGCAUCUAGAAACGCAGCGUGAAGGUGAACAGAAGACUGGCGACACGGGUGAAGGCGAAGACGAAGAAGGAGAUGGGGAGGAUGACGAGGAAGAUGGACAGGCGGCGGGUUAUCCGGUGUCGGAAAAUCUGAGCCGCAAAGUCAUGAAAACUCGAGGUCUCCCCAGAAGUUUAUCGUUGCAGGAGCGUAGCAACAGUUAUCAGUCGCUGAAAAACGACACCAAAACAUUGCUCGACGAGCAAAACGCCGAAAAUAAGGCAUCCCUGCAGGAUAAUCGAAUGCAGUUUGAAACAAUCAUACCUAUCAACGGGCUCGGAUCGGACGGUGUUAGUCAGGGAACGGCCGGGUCCGGAAUUCAUCCGGUGUCCAUGGGCGAUGGUGUUGCUGGCGGUGUGGGUCAAAAUUCGACCAUGAAUUCACCGCAGUCGCAACGAAUGCAUCGCAAAAAGCACCACCGUUCAUCGCGCAACGGUGUGAGCAAAAGCACCAAGAGUAUCUACGAGGAUCAGCCGCAAACUCAUGGUUCCUCAUCGGCGGUGAAGUUGAAUAGCCAAAACCGAACCAACUGGAUGGAUUUGGAUGACAUUCCACUAUACCCGUCGAGAUGGAGUACGAUCGGAGCAUUGUUGAAACUUCGACUGACGAUUCUGUUCCGCGAUAUACAACGACUGUAUCUGUUGAUCAUUCUUCCGCUGGCAUUCACGGCACUGGGAUUGUAUCUAAACUCGAUACAGGUGCUGUCUCCGAUCAUGCGCUCCAUACUGCUCGACAACACCACCUACGGGAGCAACAUUACGAAGAUCGCCGUGCACGACAAUACCAAUCCAACGGCGUGGCCUCAUGCCGCCUUCGUUUAUCACCAUCAUCAUCAACAAAGGCAACAGAAGCGUGAGUCGCAGAAGCAUUACGAGCCGAUCCCUCAAUUUUUGCAUCAAAAGCACCACCAGCAGCAGCAACAAUCGAAAGAAGCGGCUCAUUUGUACCAUCGGUUCCUAGCAGAGCUACACCGAUCAGCGAAUGUGACGGAAGAUUACAAUGGUAACUUUUCCUUGCUGCUGGACAUCGCCCCUCACAUGGCUGCAUUCAACGUGAAUGUAAUAUCCUGGUCAAAUGUGUCCAUUACCACGCUGUACAACGAUACCACACAGCAUAGUCUACCGAUCAUUCUGAACUUGAUCAGCAACACACUGUUGCGUGUGUAUGCCGAACUAUCUCCUGCAUCUAUAAACUCCCAACAUCUUCUCUAUCAGCGUUCCGGUAGUGGCCGGAAAGGCCCGAUACCAACAUCUAACGCGCAGUCUACGCUCGAUUAUCAAGACGAUGGAACUGAUGCUGAAAAUUUCGACGACAUGGCAUUUCAACCUUUACCUUCGAGCACCAGUGCGAGCUCGACCUCUUCUUCCGGUGCUAUGUCAGACCGUGCCUCAAGCGACUCAAUGCUGCGUAUCGAACUAUGGUCGCAUCCUUUCCAGCAAACGGCCCAACCUCAAGAGUUCAAUAUAGGCACAUUUUCGUCCGCACUGUUCGUGGGAAUGAUAUUUGUACUGAUUCCCGUCUCACUGGCCGUCGAUAUGGUGUAUGAUCGUGAAAUGAAAGCAAAAAAUCAACUGCGUGUUAAUGGACUCUCGUCAUCCCUGUAUCUAUCGGCGUAUUUUAUCGUGCUAUCCGGCUUAAUGCUGGUUAUUUGUGCUGCAUUGCUUGGUUUAGUGUUUCUAUUCGACAUCCCCUCGUUCCGCCAGCCCCCGGCACUCAUCACUCUAGGAAUGCUAGUGUUUCUCUACUCGCCCGCUGGCAUCCUAUGUUCAACUUGCUUCUCCUACUUUUUUGAUCGUACUGAUUCAGCGCAAUCGAUCCUACCCAACAUACUGACGUUUGUAGGAUUAAUCCCAUUCAUACUGGUUGUGUUUUUGGACAUGCUGGGGAUUGAGGUUAAGGCAGCGAUUGCACUGCACUACGUGUUUUCCUUGAUCAAUCCAAUGUAUAUUCCGUAUGCGACGGUGUACUUCGUCGAUCGAGUAUACAUCGCUUGCCGAUUGAGCUCAGCCUGUGCAGAACUGUCGAUGGCUCAUUACAUGACCGAAGAGGUGAUCGUGAUGGCAUGCGGGUGCCUUUUGCACAUCCCGAUCUGGGCGUUCUGUUUACGCGUGUCGGACGUGAUGAAAAGUGGCGGGCGCAUGCGGGAUCUCUUCCAUCGAUCAGCAAGCGAAGAAGAUGUUAUGACCGAAGAACAAUGUACCGGAGAAUACGAAGAUGAGGAUGUACGCAACGAGCGUAGCCGCGUGUUCCGGCUUACAUCCAAUACACAACAAACGCAACAGGACGAUAUCACAGGUCCACAGGCACAGCCAGUAGUAUUAGUCAAGAGUCUUCGCAAGGAGUUCUCGCAAGAGUCAUUGUGCGGAAAUUGCUGUUGUUGUGCGGAUGAUGAGCCUCCAAGAAAGAAGAUUUCCGUACGAAGUCUGUCGAUAGCGGUGGACGCGGGAGAAGUAUUAGGCUUGCUCGGGCACAACGGUGCUGGUAAAACGACCACCAUGAAGAUCAUGACAGGCGAGACGGCUCCAACACGUGGCACGGUUCGCGUCGCCGGACACAGUAUUACUAUCAAUCAAGACGAUGCCUUCAAAACGUUGGGCUACUGUCCCCAGCAUGACGCCCUGUGGAAGAACGUGACGGUGCGCGAGCAUCUAGAGCUGUAUGCACGUAUACGUGGAGUGCGCGGAAAGGAUCUGAACCGAUUGAUAUCGACCUACCUAACGGGGCUACACAUAAACGAGCAUGCAAACAAGCAAACCCAACAUUGUUCGGGCGGUACCAGGCGCAAAUUGAGCUACGCAAUGGCAAUGGUGGGAGCUCCGAAAGUUGUGCUGCUCGAUGAACCUUCGACCGGAAUGGACCCAAAAUCGAAAAGAUUCCUCUGGGACACUAUUUUGGCCAGCUUCCAUGGUAAACGUUGCGCAAUGUUGACGACACACUCGAUGGAGGAGGCCGACGCUCUCUGCUCUCGCGUUGGAAUAAUGGUCAAGGGAGAGCUAAGAUGUCUCGGGUCAACGCAACACCUGAAGAAUCUCUACGGUGCCGGUUACACGCUGGAGAUUAAGCUGAAGCACAUAGAAAAUAUAUACAGCGAGACACCAAUCGAAAGCCAACCCAGCAGCAGCCAGGAGCAGCUACAGCUCGACCAAAGCACGGACCACAUUGCACCGGUUAUCAGCAACUGCAUUGACAAUCGUUCGAUGGCGUUGCGCAAUUUCGUAACGGAUCUAUUUCCGAGUGCCACCUUGGAAGAGAGUUUCGCCGAUCGGCUAGUAUACUCUGUACCACAGCAAGCCGUCAGUUCCUUAGCUGAAUGUUUUUCACGGCUCGAGAAAGCCAAAACCGAGCUAGACAUAGAGGAAUACUCAUUCAGCCAAACAACACUAGAACAAGUGUUCUUAAAGUUUGCCCACUACGACGAGGAAACCUCCAGUGUGCAGUAG